CCGACGCCACUCUGCAGAGGUGAUGCGUCCUGGACGCAAGUUCGCUAUCAUUUUUAUAAAAUAAAUCCGCGACGUAAUGAGGUUAUCAUGGCUCUUCGCGGUAUUCACAUUUGUUCCAACAAACGGAUUGUCUCCGAUAGAUAAGAUCCGAAACAAACUUUAUACAAUUGAAAGGCAACAAUGGGAUUACUUAAAUGACCAGCAGUGGCGUACGUCAGGCUCCGCUGACAUUGACCUGGCCAAGGUGUUUGUAUCAUUCGACGAUGAAAUUCAUAGAUGGCCGCUAGCCGCCCCACCAGUGCUGAGCAGUUCGUGGUGGAAAAAGCCGCAGAAGCAAGUGCGGCACAUCCAAGAGAUGUACGCAACGUUCUUGGAGUUCAUGAGGCAGCAGACCGAGCCGGGCGUGAAGCCAGCCCGCGUCAGGGAGUGGUUGAGUUUGGCGGCGAGUGUGCUUAGUGAUCCUAAGACUGCCGUGUCUCGAGCUAUGUCUCAGCUCCAAAAGUCAAUAUUGAUUGAUAAAAUAUUCCACAUUAUUGUGCAGGAACAACGUAAAUACUAUAAUCGAUCGGAGCUGUGCGAGCUACAAGUGUCUCCACACCAGCUCAUCUACGACUUGUACAACACCAUAGUCCUGGCGGAGAUCAAGGGCUACGCCAUGAUGCAGUUCUCUUGGAUGCUACUGAAGAUAUAUCGACCAGGCAACACAACAACAGAGGCGAAUUCAACAAGAUCGCAUUAUGUACAAAGCGUGUUACUGACAGCACAGGCCACUAGGGAUGCAUUGGCUGAUGCCAACAGAGAGCUAUACCGUUGCGACCCUUUACAACACGAACGGGGCAAAACUUACGAUGAAAUAAUUCGUUUACUGCAAGGCUAUAUAGAGAAUGAAAUAGACAUGAACCAGGAGAGCACAUGCCAGCAAAACUGCGUCAAUUACAAAGUAGCCAAGAACUAUGGUUGCUUUAAAGACCAAUUUUGCUCACAGCAACCCAAGUGCAAAGGCACCAUACUCAACUGUACGUUCGUCGAGGCUGAUAUGACAAUUGCUGCCGCGAAUUCCAAAAGCCAUCGUCGUUACGAAUGGAUUCAGUAUAAAACCGGACGGACGCUUGGGAAGCAAAACAAAGAGAGGUGUGAAAAUAACGAUAAAUGCCGGAAAAAUUUCGUAACCCAACAUCAGGUGAACUCGUGGUGGCGCUGGUUGUUCUGGCACUGUUCAUACUGCAUGUGCUUGUGCGACGACCCAGAAAACUCUGACCGCUACUUCAGUCUCAAGGAAGUCACCUCCGAUAUUCGAGAAAACAAGGUUGUAACCGGAAUUCGUCUGGUGAAACUUGAUAAGGUGUUCCAUUUUCAAAUCAGCGAGAGCACCCUUCAUCAAGAGGGAUUCGUCAGUCCGGGAUCUUGGCUCCCGAUAGAAAGAAUCAAUAUUGACCAACAACAAAAUGGCGUAGAUUACCACACAUUGAGUCACAUUGCAAGAGCUAUCGAUCUAGACGAUGUGGUGGCGCCGACCGGAUGGGUUUUGACCGGAGUUAGGUUUCGCAUGCUCGGCUCGCAUCUGAACCUGUACAUCCGGAUCACAAAAUUCAACUUCCAAACUGGCCGUCUGUCUUACAACAACAGUAUGUGGUUAGGCAACGAUAACACAGACGCAAGCGAAAAUCCUAGGAGCCGUUUGAAUCUGAACCGGCCCAGUCUACCGACACGGAGCGCUGUUGCGUUGCCAGUGGACUCCAAGCACGACCAGUUCAUGGAGUUCACACACAGCGACUUUGACAAUGAUGCGGCGCAGAGCACUGUGCCGUUCAUCGACAUACAACCACUGCAGCCAUAUACUCGCGGAGUGCUGCUAAGCGGGGCGGGCGUGUCGCACCGCGGCGCGGUGGGCUCGGGCGGGUUCGUGGCGCUCAAGCUAUUCACCUAUGACUACGCGCCGUACGUGCGCGCCCGUCAGCCGCGCGAACCCAGCUAGCGCCCCGCGACCCACCACGCUCAGGGCCACACUAGUGUUCGCGGGACCUCCAGUAUUACUCAUAAAGAACGG